GGUGAUAGGUGUGUGUGCACGCAUUUCUGCGCUUGCGGGCGUGUGAGUGACAGUGACAGAGACCGCAGCACUACUCCGGAGUUCAUUCACUAAUAGUGGUUUACCGGAGAUCCUGCACGCAGCAAGCCAUUGCAGAUAGAAUGAGUGGAAGAGUUGGAGACCUCAGUCCAAAACAAGCAGAGAUUUUAGCUGAGUUUCGAGAACGAAUUGAGGACAUUCUUCCAGACCUUCCCGCCCGGCAUGAUCACUACCUGCUCCGCUGGCUCCGAGCCCGCAGCUUCAAUGUUCAAAAAGCGGAGGCGAUGCUUAGAAAGCAUCUGGAAUUCAGGAAACGCAUAAAAGCAGACACCAUCAUUGAAGACUGGAAACCUCCUGAGGUCAUUCAGCGGUAUGUGUCUGGAGGUAUGUGUGGGUAUGACCUCGAAGGCAGUCCCAUCUGGUAUGACAUCAUCGGGCCCUUGGACCCCAAGGGUCUUAUGCUGUCCUGCACCAAGCAGGACUUCAUGAGGACUAAGAUCCGAGAUACAGAGCUGCUCCGCAUAGAAUGCCAGAAACAGACAGAGAAGUUAGGGAAGAGUGUGGAGAUGGUAACGCUGAUCUAUGACUGCGAGGGGUUGGGUCUCAAACACCUGUGGAAGCCUGCAUUGGAGGCCUAUGGAGAGAUCCUUACAAUGUUUGAAGAGAACUAUCCUGAAGGACUCAAGAGGGUGUUUCUCAUCAAGACUCCUAAGCUGUUUCCGAUGGCCUACAACCUGGUCAAACACUUCCUGAGUGAAGAGACACGUCGCAAGAUCUGCAUUCUGGGAUCGAACUGGCAAGAGGAGUUGCGUAAGUACAUUGACCCGGAGCAGCUCCCGGUGGUGUAUGGUGGAAUUCUGACUGACCCUGAUGGUGACCCACACUGUCGCACCAUGAUAAACUACGGCGGCAAUGUGCCUAGUUCGUACUAUGUUCAGAACAAUGGGGUCAAGGUUCAGUACAACCACAGCGUGACCAUUAGCAGAGGCUCUGCCCUCUCACUGGAGUAUGACAUCACCACCCCCAGCAGCAUCCUCCGGUGGCAGUUUGCCAGUGAUGGGGCAGACAUUGGCUUUGGGGUGUUCAUGCGGACCCAAGUGGGGGGUGGGGAUCAGAAGUUGGGGGACAUGAUGCUGGUGUUGCCAAGUGAACGCUACAAUUCUCACAUGGUCCCAGAGGACCGCACACUCACCUGCACCGAGCCUGGAACCUACGUGUUGCAUUUUGACAACACCUACAGUUUACUGCAGUCUAAGAAGAUCAGCUACAAUGUGGAUGUUCUCCUGCCAGACGGACAGAUCCAGAGCCUUAGGAGUAACAGAGAGAUUGGGAAGUUGGAGUAACGUACACACGCACACACACACACACAUAUGUAUCUGUACUGACAGACGCAGAGCCCCAGGGAGGAGUGGGCAGACAUCUGGCAUCACACACACACACACACACACACACAUUGAGAGAUCCACAAAGUGACAGAGUAGUAUAAACACUUGUGUCCUCAGUUGUGGCCACUAAUAUGACAGGAAAUUCACAAAAGUAUAACUUUUCUAUGAACAGUACUAUAGUCACGUUAGUAUAGAGUCAGGGACAAUAUGGCUUCUUUGUUUUUGUUUGUGUGUUUACUGCCAUGCCAUUUAGGCUGCAAUAGACCCAAGAAUGAAGGAAUGAUUACGACUGAGAUAAUUAAUAUGUUGUUACUAACUAUUGACUAUGUAAUUACACAUAAUGUAAUUAAUUGACAAACUAUGGAUAUGCUAUAUCUUUCUGGGAUGGUUUUGUAUUAUAGCAACUCUAAAGAGAUCAUUGUCAAUAAUUGGAAACCAAAUGAACAUCUACAACAGUAAUUGUAGAAAGGCUAUAUGUUUUAAUUGUAUCAAGUAUUAUUUUUUUUUUAAAUGUAAGUUGAAUCCUGUAUGUGUUUCUGAUUGUUAUUGAAUUUUGUAUAUAUUAUAAUUUUGUAGUAUGAUAUGUAUUAUAAUAAUAGUUUUUUGUAUCAUGAUUGUUUUCCUAAUAAAUGCAAUAUUUUAAGAAGACAAAUAAAGCAGAUAAUCGACUUCUCC